AUGUCGUCGCCGUCGAACAACCGUGGGACGUGCUCCCGGAGCAGCUCUGCGCGGUCCAAGCACAGCGCGCGGGUGGUGGCGCAGACGCCCGUGGACGCGCAGCUGCACGCCGAUUUCGAGGGCUCCCAGCGCCACUUCGACUACUCAUCCUCGGUGGGCGCCGCCAACCGCCCGUCGGCCAGCACGAGCACCGUCUCCACCUACCUCCAGAACAUGCAGCGGGGCCGCUACAUCCAGCCCUUCGGCUGCCUGCUCGCCGUCCACCCGGACACCUUCGCGCUGCUCGCCUACAGCGAGAACGCGCCGGAGAUGCUCGACCUCACGCCACACGCGGUCCCAACCAUCGACCAGCGGGACGCGCUCACCAUCGGCGCCGACGUGCGCACGCUCUUCCGCUCGCAGAGCUCCGUCGCGCUUCACAAGGCCGCCACCUUCGGGGAGGUCAACCUGCUCAACCCCAUCCUCGUGCACGCCAGGACGUCGGGGAAGCCCUUCUACGCCAUAUUGCACCGGAUCGACGUCGGCCUUGUCAUCGACCUUGAGCCGUUCAACCCAGCAGACGUGCCAGUCACGGCCGCGGGCGCGCUUAAGUCGUACAAGCUCGCCGCCAAGGCCAUCUCCAGGCUGCAGUCGCUGCCCAGCGGGAACCUGUCGUUGCUGUGCGAUGUGCUUGUCCGUGAGGUGAGCGAGCUCACGGGCUAUGACCGGGUCAUGGCGUACAAGUUCCAUGAGGAUGAGCACGGUGAGGUCAUUUCUGAGUGCAGGAGGUCCGAUCUGGAGCCGUAUCUUGGCCUGCACUACCCAGCCACCGACAUCCCGCAGGCGUCCAGGUUUCUGUUUAUGAAGAACAAAAUGCGGAUGAUAUGUGAUUUCUCUGCCACUCCAGUGCUGAUCAUUCAGGAUGGCAGCCUUGCACAGCCCGUCAGCCUCUGUGGUUCUACCCUCAGGGCUUCCCAUGGUUGCCAUGCACAGUACAUGGCAAACAUGGGUUCUGUUGCAUCGCUUGUGAUGUCAGUCACUAUAAACGACGAUGAGGAGGAAGAUGGGGAUACCGACAGUGACCAACAACCGAAAGGCAGGAAGCUGUGGGGGCUGGUCGUCUGCCAUCAUACAAGCCCGAGGUUUGUCCCUUUCCCGCUAAGGUACGCUUGCGAGUUUCUCUUGCAAGUAUUUGGCAUACAGCUCAGCAAGGAGGUGGAACUGGCUGCUCAGGCAAAGGAGAGGCACAUCCUCAGAACGCAAACCCUUCUUUGUGAUAUGCUCCUGCGGGAUGCUCUUGUUGGGAUAUUUACCCAGUCACCUAAUGUGAUGGAUCUAGUAAAGUGCGAUGGAGCUGCAUUGUAUUAUCAGAACCAGGUUUUGGUGCUCGGAUCAACACCGUCCGAGUCAGAGAUUAAGAGCAUUGCCACAUGGCUGCAGGAGAACCAUGAUGGUUCAACUGGGCUGAGUACUGACAGCUUAGUGGAAGCGGGUUAUCCUGGUGCUGCUGCACUCCGUGAAGUCGUGUGUGGCAUGGUGGCCAUUAAGAUCUCUUCCAAAAAUUUUAUCUUCUGGUUCCGAUCACACACAACAAAGGAGAUCAAGUGGAGUGGGGCUAAGCAUGAACCGUUUGACGCAGAUGACAAUGGCAGGAAGAUGCAUCCACGAUCUUCAUUCAAGGCCUUCUUGGAGGUGGUUAAAUGGAGAAGUGUUCCCUGGGAGGAUGUUGAAAUGGAUGCUAUCCAUUCUUUGCAGUUAAUAUUACGUGACUCCCUGCAAGGUGAAGAUGCCAACAGAAACAACAUCAGGUCCAUUGUAAAAGCUCCAUCUGAUGAUAUGAAGAAGUUACAGGGGCUACUUGAACUAAGAACAGUUACAAACGAGAUGGUCCGCUUAAUUGAGACAGCAACUGCCCCUGUCUUGGCUGUUGACAUUGCCGGUAACAUAAAUGGAUGGAACAAAAAAGCUGCAGAACUAACAGGGUUACCUGUAAUGGAAGCCAUAGGGAGGCCUCUGAUAGAUCUUGUUGUUGCUGAUUCUGUUGAAGUGGUUAAGCAGAUUUUGGACUCAGCUUUACAAGGAAUUGAAGAGCAAAAUCUGGAAAUCAAGCUUAAAACAUUCCAUGAACAGGAGUGUUGUGGUCCAGUUAUCUUGAUGAUUAACUCCUGCUGUAGUCGGGAUCUUUCAGAGAAAGUCAUUGGAGUUUGCUUUGUAGCACAAGAUUUGACCAGGCAGAAGAUGAUUAUGGAUAAGUAUACUAGGAUACAAGGAGACUAUGUUGCCAUAAUAAAGAACCCCAGUGAGCUCAUCCCUCCCAUAUUUAUGAUCAAUGAUCUUGGUUCCUGCUUAGAGUGGAAUAAAGCUAUGCAGAAGAUUACUGGUAUGAAGAGGGAAGACGCGAUAAAUAAGUUGUUAAUUGGGGAGGUCUUCACGCUCCAUGAUUAUGGCUGUAGGGUGAAAGAUCAUGCUACUCUAACGAAACUUAGCAUACUGAUGAAUGCAGUGAUUUCUGGUCAGGAUCCAGAGAAGCUCCUGUUUGGUUUCUUCGGCACAGGUGGGAAGUAUAUUGAAUCCUUGCUGACAGUGAACAAGAGAACAAAUGCUGAGGGUAAAAUCACUGGCGCUCUUUGCUUUCUGCAUGUGGCUAGCCCAGAGCUUCAGCAUGCUCUUGAGGUCCAGAAAAUGUCUGAACAAGCUGCUACAAACAGCUUUAAAGAAUUAACUUACAUUCGUCAAGAAUUAAGGAACCCACUCAAUGGCAUGCAAUUUACUUAUAACUUAUUGAAGCCUUCCGAAUUGACAGAGGAUCAGCGGCAACUUGUUUCAUCUAAUGUUCUGUGUCAGGACCAGCUGAAAAAGAUUUUACAUGACACUGAUCUUGAAAGCAUUGAACAGUGCUAUAUGGAGACGAACACAGUAGAGUUCAACCUUGAGGAAGCUCUGAAUACGGUCCUGAUGCAAGGCAUUCCUUUGGGCAAGGAAAAACGUAUUUCUAUUGAACGUGAUUGGCCUGUGGAAGUGUCACACAUGUACAUUUACGGGGACAAUAUAAGGCUUCAGCAGGUCCUAGCAGAUUAUCUGGCUUGCGCCCUUCAAUUCACACAACCAGCUGAAGGACAUAUCGUGCUCCAGGUCAUUCCCAAGAAGGAAAACAUUGGGUCUGGCAUGCAGAUUGCUCAUUUGGAAUUCAGGAUUGUCCAUCCAGCUCCAGGCGUUCCAGAGGCCCUGAUACAGGAGAUGUUCCAGCACAACCCAGGGGUGUCCAGGGAGGGUCUCGGCCUGUACAUAAGCCAGAAGCUGGUGAAAACGAUGAGCGGCACGUUGCAGUACCUACGAGAAGCCGACACCUCUUCGUUCAUCAUCCUGAUAGAGUUCCCGGUCGCCCAGCUCAGCAGCAAGCGGUCCAAGCCUUCGCCAAGUAAAUUCUGA